AUGGCAAGCACAUCGACUGCUCCCACAAUAACGGUACCUAGUACCUCGACUACAGGCCGUUCGUCUCGUAUUGCACCUCACUCCCACAUCAAAGGGUUGGGUCUUGGUCCUGAAGGAAAUGCCUUACCCGCAAGUGCUGGGUUCAUUGGGCAGGAGAUGGCGCGCGAGGCAAUUGUGGUGGAGCUCGUAAAGUCCCGCAAGUUCUCCGGAAGAGCUUUGUUGCUUGCUGGUGCUCCAGGAACAGGAAAAACUGCCCUCGCGCUUGCUAUCUCUCAGGAACUCGGCGCCAAAGUCCCUUUCUGUCCAAUGGUUGGGAGUGAGGUAUACAGUGCUGAGGUGAAGAAAACAGAAGUCCUCGCUGAAGUCUUCCGACGAGCGAUAGGCUUGCGUAUCAAGGAGACGAAGGAAGUUUACGAAGGCGAACUUACCGAACUUACACCCACUGAAUCUGAAAAUCCGCUCAGUGGCUACGGGAAAACAAUAUCUAACGUAGUAAUCGGACUCAAAACUGUCAAGGGAACCAAGCAGUUACGGCUUGACCCCGGCAUCUAUGAGUCAAUUCUCAAGGAAAAAAUUGUUGUUGGGGACGUGGUCUACAUUGAAGCCAACACAGGCGCUGUGAAGCGCGUCGGGAGGUCAGAUGCAUAUGCUUCCGCUUUCGACCUCGAGAGCGACACCUACGUUCCUCUCCCGAAAGGCGAAGUGCACAAAAAGAAGCAACUGGUUCAAGACGUGACUCUCGGAGAUUUGGAUGCUGCAAACGCCCGGCCGAGUGGCGGUCAAGAUGUGCUGAGUGUCAUGGGACAACUUGUGAAAUCGAACCGAACCGAGAUUACAGAGAAAUUAAGGAGGGAGGUCAAUAAAGUGGUGAAAGGCUACGUAGACCAGGGCGUCGCAGAAGUUGUGCCUGGCGUUGUGUUCAUUGACGAGGUCCAUAUGCUCGACAUCGAGUGUUUCACGUAUCUCAAUUUAUUGCUCGAGUCACCGAUGGCCCCUACGGUUAUUCUCGCGACAAACCGAGGCAAAUCUUUGGUCCGAGGCACAACUGACGUCUAUAGCGCACACGGUAUUCCGUCUGACCUGCUUGACCGAUGUUUAAUUGUAAAAACAGACCCUUAUACUCGGGCACAAGUUGCACAGGUUGUGGCCCUAAGGGCCUCAGUUGAAGGCUUGACACUGGGUCCAGGCACACUUGAUCGACUUUCUGAGGAGGGGGAGAAGGGGUCACUGAGAUACGCACUCCAGUUAAUUACGCCAGCGAGCAUUGUGGCGUCUUUGUCCGGACGAAAAGAAAUUCUUCCAACGGACAUAGGCGAAAUGAACGAACUGUUCUUAGAUGCGAAAACAAGUGCGGGUAUGAUGGCAGCCGCAGGGGGUGGGUACACAGGAGGAGCUUCUUCAUGA